UGGCAAGGUGGGAACUUUUCAGAAGGCCUGACAUUACCGCCACCCAGAACUUGUAAAGCUUGAGAGCGCCAAAUGAACAUUUGAUACCUCCUUUCUCAAUCCAAAUCCCACUGGCAAGAACGGCCAUCAAGUGGAAUGGGCAGGAACAGAGGGACCGACGAUCGCUCCGGAGACGCCCUCUUCGCCAUCACAGCCGUCACUCUACUAACAUCCCUCCCCCUGCUCUCCCAACUCUUCGUCUUCCUGCCAUGGCUGCGCCCACUCACGUUCGGGUCGACGCUCGUGCUCGGGGUCUUUGACCUGGUUGUGAUCUUGGCCAUCGUGAAUGGGAUUGCGUGUCGGUUAACUGACCCGGGAAGAGUUCCAUCGACAUGGUCCAGCCCGCCACCUACACAACCGACCGCCGACCUCCCCUCCUCAACCUAUUGCCAUAAAUGCAACAUUGGGAAACCGCCCCGUACGCAUCAUUGUCGCAGAUGCGAGCGUUGCGUCCUACGUAUGGACCAUCAUUGCAAAUGGCUAAAUACAUGCAUAGGCCACGGCAACCAACCACACUUCAUCCGCUUCCUCCUCUUCACCGUCCUCUCCACCCUCCUCUGCGCCCUGCUCCUCCUCGCCCGCCUCCUCAGCCUCGUCCUCUCCAUCAUCCAUUUCAUCCACACCGACCAGAAGCAUACACAGGCCCCGGGCUUGGGCGAGAUUACGGUCAUGGCGGUCGUGCUGUGCGUGUUGGUCCCCGUGGGCAGUAUUCUGGGGAUGAUGUUGUAUCAGCAGGUAAUGGAAUCACGCCCCAAAAAUUUGGUAUUUGUAUAUGUACAUUGACGCCGCCCCAACGAGCGCAGCUCUACAACCUCAUCAACAACCUA